CGUGUAUUAAUAACAAUUCAAUUAAUUGAUAUUAAUGAUAAUUCACCAGUUAUUGAUACACCAUCAUCUGUUUAUAUUUCAAAUAAAUUAUUAGAAACAAAUAUAUCAAAAAUAAUUUUAAUAACAAAAAUAAUUGCAAAUGAUUAUGAUUCAGAAAAAAAUGGAAAUUUAACAUAUAAAAUUAUUGAUGGAAAUCAAAAUAAUUAUUUUCAAAUUAAUUUAUAUAAUGGAACAAUAACAGCAAAUACAACUAAUUUACCUGAAGGUUAUCAUCGUUUAACAAUUAAUGUAUGUGAUCAAGGUGAAUAUAUUGAAAAAUGUUCAAUUAUAAUUUUAAAUAUAAAAAUUGGUGAAUAUAUUGAAAAAUUAUAUUAUUCAGAAGAAAUUUUUCCAAAUAAACAACUUAUUGAAGAUGAAAAUAUAUUAACAAAUGAAAUAUUUUUUCUUAUUAUUAUUAUAUCAUCAAUAUUUACAUUAGUAUUCAGUAUUACAAUGGGUAUUUUAUGUGCUGUUUUUUGUAAACAAAAACGAUAUCAUCAUAGUCAUCGAUCAUCAUUAAAAACACAGUGUGAAUUACUUCAAUCAACGGAUGCUGACAAACUUCUUUCAACAACUAAUACUAAUACUUUCUCAUCGACAAGUAAAGUAAGCUGA